AUGUACUAUUCUAAAAUGACCGUUGAAUACCAACGUUCUUUGGGUUCUCACAAACUUCGCCUCAAAGAAGCUCAAGGCCAAGUACCGGGUCUCACUCGUCAAUCCCUUUUGGCUAUCAAAAGUGUUUAUCCAGAAUCUUACAAAAUCUCUCGUAUUGAAGGAAAAGACGAUGAUUUGAUUAUAGAUCUCUACAAUAUCGAACAAUUGGGUCAACUUGACUCGAGGAAAGCCGAAUUUACUCGUUUGUUAAACAUACAGUUAGCUAAGAACCCUUCUACAAUUGAAGACUUAAUUACAUAUAAGCUACCUGGUAACGGUUCCAAUAACAAAAUUCCAUCCAAUCACUCCAUUUGUUUUUCACGACCCAAAGGUUCGUCCAAGAUCCUUAAGAAUAGCAUCUCUAAGUUUCAAUUUCAUGAGAAGACACCAGUCGGUGGAACCAAAUCACUUCUAGAACGCAUUCGUACAAAGGAAAAGAACAACGCAAAGUUCCAGGAUCAACUACACUUAAGAAAAGAAAAGUACAUAGAGUCCAAAAUGAGGCCCGUCUAUGAUGUGCUAUAUACAGAGUCUCCCAAGGAUGGAAGCACAUACAGCUUAACUAUGGGCCAACUUGAAAGGCUGCUUAAUGAUUCUACGGAAAUUCCCAUGGCCAGGCAGGACAUAGUGGAGACGGUGAAGAAAUUAGACCAGUUCAUCGACGGAAUUGAUUUGAUUAUUGUGGGUAAAUUAGAGGUGAUUAAGAUAGCUAAUUUGUUCGUUGCGUUACCCAUAAUGUUCGCUAGUGUCUCUAAAUCAUUUAGAAGUAUUGCCAAGAGACAGGUUAGAUUCAACUCUAACAAGGUCACCGGUACCGUUAUCGGUAUCGAUUUGGGUACCACCAACUCUGCCGUUGCUGUUAUGGAGGGUAAGGUUCCUAAGAUUAUUGAGAAUGCAGAAGGUUCUAGAACCACCCCUUCCAUUGUUGCCUUUACGAAGGAUGGUGAAAGAUUGGUUGGUAUUCCUGCCAAGAGACAGGCUGUUGUUAACCCGGAAAACACCUUGUUUGCUACUAAGAGAUUGAUUGGUAGAAGAUUUGAGGAUGCAGAAGUCCAGAGAGACAUUAAGCAGGUUCCUUUCAAAAUUGUUAAGCACUCCAACGGUGAUGCUUGGGUUGAGGCUCGUGGUAAGCAGUACUCUCCAUCUCAAAUUGGUGGUUUUGUGCUUAAUAAGAUGAAGGAGACUGCCGAGUCUUAUUUGGGUAAGCCUGUCAAGAAUGCCGUUGUUACGGUUCCUGCAUACUUCAACGAUUCCCAGAGACAGGCCACUAAGGAUGCUGGUGCUAUUGUUGGCUUGUCUGUUGCAAGAGUUGUCAACGAACCUACUGCUGCUGCUUUGGCAUACGGUUUGGACAGGGCUGACCAGUCUAAAGUUGUUGCCGUGUUUGACUUAGGUGGAGGUACCUUUGAUAUCUCUAUUUUGGAUAUCGACAAUGGUGUCUUUGAGGUUAAAUCUACUAAUGGUGAUACUCAUUUAGGUGGAGAAGACUUUGAUAACACUCUGGUUAACUACAUUUUGGCUGAUUUCAAGAAGCAAAGUGGAAUCGAUCUUUCCGGGGACAGAAUGGCCAUUCAGAGAAUUAAGGAGGCCGCAGAGAAGGCUAAAAUUGAGCUUUCUUCCACUGUCAGUACUGAAGUUAACUUGCCUUUCAUCACUGCCGAUGCUAGUGGUCCAAAGCAUAUUAACAUGAAGAUCACUAGAGCUCAGAUGGAGAAUUUGGUUGAUCCAUUGAUCAAGAGAACUAUUGAGCCUUGUAAAAAGGCUCUCAAGGAUGCUGGUUUGGCUACGUCUGAUAUCUCUGAGGUUAUAUUAGUCGGUGGUAUGUCCAGAAUGCCAAAGGUUGCCGCUACCGUCAAGAGUCUAUUUGGCCGUGAGCCUUCCAAGUCCGUCAACCCUGAUGAGGCUGUUGCCAUUGGUGCAGCCAUUCAAGGUGCUGUCUUGUCCGGAGAAGUGAAGGAUGUUUUGUUGUUGGACGUUACUCCAUUGUCUCUCGGUAUCGAGACUCUUGGUGGUGUUUUCACCAGAUUGAUUCCAAGAAACACUACCAUUCCAACGAAGAAGUCCCAAGUGUUCUCUACUGCUGCAGAUGGUCAAACAUCUGUGGAAAUCAGAGUGUUCCAAGGUGAAAGAGAGUUGGUUAGAGACAACAAGUUGAUUGGUAAUUUCACUUUGUCCGGUAUUCCACCUGCUCCAAAGGGUGUUCCUCAAAUCGAGGUCACUUUUGACAUUGACGCUGAUGGUAUUAUCAACGUUUCUGCCAAGGACAAAGCUUCUGGUAAAGACAAUUCCAUUACGGUCGCCGGAUCUUCUGGUUUGACUGACUCGGAGAUUGAGAAGAUGGUCAACGAUGCAGAGAAGUACAAGGACGAAGACAAGACCAGAAAGGAGUCCAUUGAGAAUGCUAACAAGGCUGACCAGCUUUGUAAUGACACAGAAAAGUCGUUGAACGAGUUUGGCGAUAAGCUUGAUAAGGCUGAGAUUGAAGAAGUCAAAAAGCUUAUUACCGAGUUGAGAGAGUUGGUUGUCAAAGUUAACGGUGGUGAAAGCGUUGGUGCCGAUACUAUCAAACAGAAGUUGGAUCAGUUGCAACAGAAGUCGUUGAAGUUGUUUGAGCAGAUGUACAAGAACCAACAGCAGCAGCAGAAUAACAACGACAACAACAACAAUAACGGUGGUAGCAGCGGCGAUAGCUCUAACAACGGUACUGAGUCUAAAUAG